AUGACUUCGAACAAAUCAACGCCCGUGAGCACUCAGCACGACAUCACUGCCGAUCACCUCGAGGCUGACACGAGCGUCCUCGCUGCCGGAUCGCAACCUUCCAUCAGCAUCGCCGAAGAAGCUCGUCUUCGCCCGCUUCUCUACCUCUUCUGCUUCAUCGACCGCGCCAACAUCGGCAAUGCCAAAAUCGCCCACCUUGACACUGACCUCCAUCUCCGAGGCUACGACUACAAUGCCAUCCUCUCCGUAUUCUUCAUCUCUUACAUCCUGUUCGAAAUCCCAUCCAACCUCGUGUGCAAAAUUACGGGUCCGAAAAUCUGGCUGCCGAUUCUGACGCUGGGGUUUGGAGUGUGUACGAUCACCAUGGCCUUUGUCACGACCCGGGACCAGAUCAUGGGUGUGCGGUUCUUGUUGGGUGUGUUCGAAGCAGGCAUGCUCCCUGGAGUGGCAUACUACCUGAGUCGUUGGUAUCGGCGACAUGAACUUUCCUUUCGCCUUGCCCUUUAUAUUGUCGCAUCUCCUCUUGCGGGCGCCACGGGCGGUCUACUUGCUUCGGCGAUUUUCACCAUCGAUCGGAUCGGCACUGUAACGAGUUGGCGAAUGCUGUUUCUUGUCGAAGGCAUCAUCACCUGCGGUCUUGCGUUGAUUGGAUUCUUUACCAUCACGGAUAAUCCGGAGAGCGCGAGUUGGCUCUCGCCGGCUGAAAAGGCACUCGCACGCGAACGAGUACUGUCGGAGAGAAUUGGAAGCUCUGACGUCUUGGAGAAACUUCACUUGAAGAAAGUCUGGCGAGGGAUGAUGAAUCCCGUCGUACUCCUCACGGGUUUUAUCUUCUCACUUGACAAUGUGACAGUCGCCGGUCUCGCCUUCUUUCUCCCAACCAUCGUCUCCACAAUCUACCCUCAAGCCACCGUAAUCGAAAAGCAACUCUACACCGUCCCGCCUUACAUUGCCGGUGCAAUCUUCACCGUCCUGAUCCCCUAUCUCAGCACUCGCUUCAACACCCGCGUUCCCAUAAUGAUCAGCUCCGCACCCUUCAUGAUGUUCGGCUACAUCCUAUUUCUCGCCUCGACUAAUCCCCAAGUCCGCUACGCCGCAACCUUCUUCGUCACAUCCAGCGCCUUCGCCUUCGGCGCGCUCUGUCCCGCGCAUGCAGCCGCCAACGUCGAUUCAGAUUCAGCUCGUGCAAGCGCAAUCGGGCUAGUGGUCAUGUUGGGGUCCUGUGGUGCACUCAUCAGCACUUGGAGUUUCCUCCCCUGGGACGCUCCGAACUAUUUCAUCGGCAAUGGUCUGAACCUCGCGACGACCACGGCGAUUUUCAUAUCGGGUGUUUGUAUGUUGCUGUGGAUGAGGUCCGACAAUCGCAGGAGGGAUCGCGUCGAAGCUGAGGAGAUGAUGAAGCUAUCUGAUGAGGAGAAACUUUCGCUGGAAUGCCUGGAAUGGCGGCAUCCGCAAUGGAGGUGGAGAAUAUGAUUUGAUUUACGGCGUUUACGAAAUGUGACGAACGUGCUGAUAACGAAAUGACGGCCACGCUUACGCUUUUCGUUCCUCCCAUCCUUGGUUAGGAGAAGUCACGGCGGAUGUAAAGUUAUGCAAUUUGUGUACGCUCAUCUACUUCAAGGCCCAACAGAAGCUAGAAUCUCUUCAAAUGUUGAAACGCGAAAAUGACAAUCCUCGAUUCUGCGAAAGCGACGACCGGCCAUCGUUUAAGACGCCGGCGGUUCGUUCGCAUCUGACAUGCUGGCGCUUCGACGUCGUAACGCUGACAAUGUGCAAAUUAUGGCAGCGACGGCUCUCCGCCUUCCUAAUAAUAAUCCAUGC